UCUGUUCCGUUUCACAGUUUCCAAGCGACGGCUCUUAUCCAUUAACCUCCUUUGGUCCGGGCUGCGAGAACUGGGCCGAGCAGUGAGUGCGUUCCACACAAAACUGUUUUCCCUUAAUCACUCGGUCCCUUGCGCUUCCUUUGUGGCUGACACUUGCGACGUGCAGCACGUUACUCGGAGCUCUUUCAUCCUUUCUCCUGACCAGACUUUCCAAAUCAUCACUUGCACUUUUUCCAAACGGGAAUAAUGUGAUUUGAUUCCACUCUCACAAACACACAAAGGCAGCCGAACUUCCAACCCACCUCGGAUGACACUCUCGGUCAGGGUGAAAGUAGCCAUGGUUCCAAAGGCUCGUGAAGGACUAUGUAGGAGCACCUUCCUCCGUUGAAGCAUGCAUACUUGUUCUGGGCUGUUGUAGAUGAUGCUUGAACAUGCUGAACCCCACGGAACCCCUUGACAGUGCAUUGAGGGAAGAGAAAGACCAGCAGUGGCUGGGAGAAGAGGAAGGACAUUCGUUGGGCAUCAGUAGCGUGCAACCAGGGAGAAACCUGGAUCAUCAGUUGAAUGGGGAAAGCUCCCAGCUCACUGGGAACACCUCAGCAUCGCUGACCCAGUUGGUCCUGCACUCUUUUCUAACCAAAACCGAGCGCCCGGUGCUCAUCAAGCCGGUCGGGGUGCUAGUUGGUGAUCUCCAGAAUUCAAAGGCAAAGAAUAAAUCCGCCAAAAAGUCUUCCACCGCUUCUAUCGCCUUCGUUUUCCCCAAAGCCAAGAAAGCAACAAUGAGGAAGAUGAAACAAGUGGACAAGACGGAGAUCAGGGCAAAAUCCGAGGACUUCCUUGAGGACGGCGCAGGGUCCGAAGACCAGCCACUGACCGACGAAUAUUCCAAGUCCAGUUACGAGGACUUUGAGGCGGAGACCGCGAUGAUGCCUUCCACCCUUCGAAGCCCGGCGGAGCCCAGCAUCUCUCAGAAGAAGAAGCGCAAACGCUGUGGAGUUUGUCACCCUUGUAACAGAAAGGACAACUGCGGGGAAUGUAGCAACUGCAGGAACCGCAAGACGGGCCAUCAGAUCUGCAAGCAGAGAAAAUGCGAGGAGUUGAAGAAAAAACCGGGGCUGUUCAUUGAGGUGGGGAGCAAGGACAAUACAAAGGCCCAAAGACAAAAGCAAGCACUGGCUGAAAAGACAGGUUCAGAAGGGAGCACAGUGGAUGGCCCCAGAACAGGCCAAAUGGAAGAGGGGUCAACCAACCAUGUUGGAGAAAGCAGGUUAAGGUUAGACAUGGCACCAAGCCUGGUGAAUGGAGUAUGCAGUCAAGAAGGACAAACCAUUGCAGUGGGUUCUGGUGAGUGGAUGGAAGAUCAGAGACUCCCUCAACACACCAAUGGCAACAUCAACUGGGAAGCAACUCAAGUCCUGAACCAAGUUCGGAACCAUGUCAAGGAGGACCUGGCAACCACUGGGGAUAACGUGGUCCUGGGCGACGACAGAAAGAUAGCUACAUUCCCUGAAACAGCAGCGAGCUUACCUUUAUACAAUACACCAGCACAAAACCCUCAGCCUUUGCAAAAGAUUAAUCUUACUGAGAAAUGUAACCCAGAGAUUAACAACAGCCUUGAAAGAGUGCAGCUGAUCCUCCCAAUGAACGAUGAUUGCCCUUCCAAUGAUGAAUUGAGCACUUUGACUACGUGGGGCCUUGCAAAGAAACAUGGGAAAAAGCCACCAAACUGUAGUUGUGACGGCCCAGAUUGCCCAGACUAUCUGGAGUGGCUUGAGAGAAAACUCAAAGCUGUGAUUAACGUGGAACAGAGCAGGAGUUCAGAACUUUCUGAUAAAGUCAAUGAUAUGCCUGUGGAAAAUGGUGCUUUACAAAAUCACAUGCUCAGUUUAGAGGACACACUUAUUUUUGACUCCUCUGAUGUUCCCCAAUAUUCUCAGAAUGCUUUGACCAUUGCAAAAGAAAAGAACAUAAGCCUACAGACAGCAAUCGCCAUCGAAGCCCUGACACAGCUGUCGUCAACCCUGCCACAGCCAUUUUUGGAAGCCUCAUCACAGAUUAACAGUACCUCUCAAAUCGGUGAUGCUUCAUCUAGCUCUAUUGAAGAGAACCAAGUGGCACUGCCUGUAAUGUCCAAUGCCGUAAAGGAAUUGCAAGAAGACCAUCACCCCGAGCAACAAGUUCCCUCCCAGAAUCCCGUUCUCCAGCAGCCACCUCCGGAUCACCAGGUGUUCCCAGAUUUCCAACCGCAUGAGCAAACUCCGUGGGAUCAUCUCAAGAAACCAGCACCAAGUGAAGCUCACUACAUUCCAGUCAUGAAGACGUUGCAAGAUCCAUUUAACAGCUUCUCAAAUUCGGUAUCUACCAUAAAACACACUGAGGCACCUACCCACAGGAGUGAGGGGGUCGGUGCUGAAGGAAACAUGCAGCUGUGCAAUGCUAGUCAGCCAGUUACGCCUCUGAAUGACCCCAUGAGUGAGUUAAAGCAGCUCUUGGAUGGUAACAACAGCAACAAGUACCCCGCACCACGGUUUAAAAUGCAAAAUAUCAUCGGACAUGAAGACCCAGAGGCAAAGGUGCAGCAGGACUUGUCAAAGCCAUUCCCCAACUUGUCAGUUGGCGCUGGGUUUUACGGGAUGUUUCCUGAGCAGCAGUCUCUCCAAUCUAUGCAGCAAAUGCAAAUGCAUCAGAGGAGUAAGCAUCAGAAAACGCAGGCAGCGCUGCAGCAGCACCUCCACCACAAGCGCAACCUUUUCCAGGAGCAGAGUCAGAAGCAGAACCACCUGCACGAGCAGCAGAAGUGGUGGUCGCAACACCAACCGCACCUGAAGAGGCAGAAGCAGAAGAAAACUGUCCAGGAAAAGAGGAAAUUGCAACCGGCGCCAAAACUGCGCAAGGAAACGCAGCUUCACAAGGCUCAGAGCAUCCAACAGCAACUUAUUCUGCAUCAAUUUCAGCAAAUGCAACAGACCAAACUGCAGCAAGGUUUGCAAUGCCAACUGUUACCUCAACAGAAACAAGUGCCGGAGGGGUAUCAGCAAGUGGGAACGACACACAACAGCUAUGGAACUGGAGAAAAUCCACAACAGCAACUCCUCAAGGACUGCCAGAUGCAGACAGGACUUCACCCAGCAUCUGAAGUUUGCCACCAGAAACAGACAGACAAUACCAAGUCAGGCAUUUCUCAAGAGUCUCCUACUUUUGACACGCCUGCACCCCAGAAAAUGUGCAGCCUCCAACCAGAUCCCUUCUUGUGUAAUCAACACAUUGAAAAAUAUCCUCAAUCAUCUUCACUGAAGAGCAGCCCCACUAAGCAGGCAGAGAACAAAGAAACCCAUGCAAAUUCUGACUCCAUCCCUACCCAAUUGCAACCAGGUGAAAUGUCCAUACACAGCCCUCAUUCCUUUGAGGAAAAAAUAGAGGAACUCUUAAAGCAAUUUGAGGCAGAGUUUGAAUCCAACUCUGCAUCUCAGCAAACCCAGUUUCCUGCCCAGAAUAAUCCAACAUCUCAGGUAGAAACAAAUGGAAACCAAACAUCCUCUACAGGACCGCAUCCUUCACUUCUCAAUCGGUCAGGGGACUCUGAACAUAGGAGUCAGAAGCAGAUUUCUCAAAAUACAUCUCAGGAGCAAUCUGGGUGCAAACCACCUGAGAUAACCAACAAAACUAACUUCAUGGUGCAGGAAAAUACAAAAUGUUUCAAUAAUUCUUUUAUGAGUGGAUCCUCAAAACACGUGAAAGUUGAAUCCUCUGGUGCUAUUACUGUGCUGUCAGCUGUCUAUUCCGGAGAAAACAUGGAGGCACAGUCAGAAGAAGGUACCCCCACAAAAUACACACCUCUAAACCCUUCCCUCAGUGGGUUUUUGGAUUCUCCUUUGAAGUAUUUGGACACCCCGACCAAAAGCUUGCUGGACACCCCUUCAAAAAAAGCCCAAAUGGAAUUUCCAUCAUGUGAUUGUGUUGAGCAAAUCAUAGAAAAAGAUGAAGGUCCUUACUACACACACCUUGGUUCAGGCCCAACUGUGGCCGCAAUACGGGAACUCAUGGAGGAAAGGUAUGGGGAGAAGGGGAAAGCAGUUAGAAUUGAGAAAGUCAUUUACACGGGGAAGGAAGGCAAGAGUUCCCAGGGAUGUCCAAUUGCAAAAUGGAUAAUAAGAAGAGCGAGUGAAGAAGAGAAAGUCCUGUGUCUCGUGCGUGAACGAGCUGGUCACCACUGUCAGAAUGCGGUCGUUAUUAUUCUGAUCCUUGCUUGGGAAGGCAUCCCUCGAUCCCUGGGUGACAAGCUGUAUGAUGAGCUCACAGAGACGUUGACGAAGUAUGGGAACCCUACCUGCCGAAGAUGUGGAUUGAAUGACGAUCGCACUUGUGCUUGCCAGGGAAAGGAUCCUGAGACCUGUGGUGCUUCCUUCUCCUUUGGCUGUUCUUGGAGUAUGUACUUCAAUGGUUGCAAGUAUGCCCGCAGCAAGCACCCCCGCAAGUUCAGGCUGCUGGGAGACAACCCAAAACAGGAAGAUUUACUUAAGGAUAGAUUGCAAACAUUAGCCACAGAAGUUGCUCCACUCUACAAGCAGCUUGCACCUCAAGCCUUCAGUAAUCAGGUUACUAAUGAACAGUUAGCGCCUGACUGUAGACUGGGAAAAAAAGAAGGGAAACCAUUUUCCGGAGUAACUGCAUGUAUGGACUUCUGUGCACAUGCUCAUAAGGACCAGCACAACAUGUACAAUGGUUGUACUGUGGUUUGCACCCUGACAAAGGAAGACAAUCGACAGAUUGGAACGACCCCAGAAGAUGAGCAGUUGCACGUGCUUCCACUCUACAAGGUGUCGACAACUGAUGAACAUGGCAGUGAAGACAACCAGAAUGAGAAGAUCAAAGCAGGGGCAAUAGAGGUGCUCACCGCCUUUCCCAGGGAAGUUAGGAUGCUGCCCGAACCAGUCAAAUCAGCACGCCAGAAGAAGUUAGAAGCCAAGAGAGCAGCUGAGAAGCAGAGAAACCAGGAGAAGAAACUCCUGGCUGGGAAGCUGAAGCAGGAAGCAGAAAACUUGAAGUGUAGCACUCCACAAAACAAAGAUGUGACUUUGGCAAGUGGGACACCCCAACACCACCUCACACCUUCAAUCAAAAUAGAACCCCAGGAUCACUACAUCUCCUACAAACACAGUGGGAAUUCCGUCGUGGAGAGUUAUACGGUGCUUGGUAACUGCAGACCCUCCAACGCUUAUAGUCUGGGCAAUGCCUAUCCUUAUCAUUCCUACUAUGCAAGGCCAGCCCUGCCUUCCAUUAACAAUUUUCACCCUCGGUAUUCAUUUCCCUAUGGAUAUUAUGGUUAUCCAAGCAACCAGUUAUUCCCCCCGUCAUUCCUUAACUAUGGCAGUAAUGAUACAAGGCCAGGGAGUUUCUCAGGAAACAGAUUUGAGAAGAAGCCCGAUGUUCAGGAGCUGUGUGCUUUCAAUCUUGCCCUCAGAAAUAACAGAAUUGAUUGCUCUGACCAGGCCACAGAGAUGACACCAAAGCAGAACCAUCAGGCCAUGUUUCAAGGGGGAGCGGGUCUGGUUCCUCAGAGCUCGCUGCCCACAGUGUCCAGUCAGUCCCAGCAAGCAUGUCACGUACCUGAGGAAGUCAAAAGAGUUUCGCAAAAUGCAAACAGCAUCAAUCGAUACAUCAAAAAAGAACCCGAAGACCCUGUUCCCUACUCCCAAUCUUGCCACGGGGUUUCCAUGAAUGUCCAUGCCGUAAACAAUACCUUUCCUGCUGUACAAAUGUCAUCUAGCCUAGGUCAUCAAGGAAAGUCAUGGGAUAUGUUUAAGCCAAAUGGUAGCUUGAUGUCAAAUGGAACAUCUGGACAUGAAAAGCCAUGGGGCCUGUUCAAUUCUACCGAUACCAAGUUGGCCAACACAAGUGUUCAAGAAAGAUGGACCUCAAUAACAUCGAACAGGAAUGCAAGCGGGUUACCUGUAUCGAACAUACAAGAAAAGCCAUGGAAUUUACAAACUGAUACCAGGAGCACGCCACCAGUGAAAAGUGGGAACCUGCAGGGAACAAUCUGGGAUUCGUUCAAAGCAGGUGAAGCCAUCACACCCCCUUCCAUGUCAUCUAAUGUUAACCUUAAGGACAAAUUAUGGGAGCCCGUGAAAAUACAGAACAACUUGUCAGUGAUAUCAAGUUCCGACCUUCCAGACAAAACAUGGGAUUUGUACAAAAGGAACAGUAGUAAGUCUUCCCCAUCCAACAUUAACCUGCAGGAGAAAGUGUGGGCGGAAAAUGGAACAGUGUUCUCCAGUGCAAGUAUGGAAGGGAAGCAGUGGGAUCUUUACAAAGUAAAUGAGAACAAAUCAGUUUUACAUAGUUCAGGAAUACAGGAACAGCUCUGGGACCCUUACUGUAUGAAUGAAAACAUGGAUGACUUGCCUCCUGAAAAUGUUAAGGAGGAGGAAGAGGAAGUGUGGUCUGAUAGCGAACACAAUUUUUUGGAUGGGAACAUCGGUGGGGUUGCCGUGGCUCCGGCUCAUGGUUCUAUUUUGAUUGAAUGUGCCAGAAGAGAGCUUCACGCCACCACCCCAUUGAAGAAACCGAACCGGUGUCACCCCACACGGAUAUCUCUUGUGUUCUACCAGCAUAAGAACUUAAAUGAGCCAAACCACGGCUUAGCACUCUGGGAAGCGAAGGUGAAAAUCCUUGCAGAAAGGGCAAAACAAAGACAGGAAGAAGCGGCGAGGUUAGGUUUGCCCCUGGUAAAUUCCAAGCUUCUCGGGAAAAAACGCAAAUGGGGCAGUGCACCAACUACGGACAUUGAGCACGGCAAGAAAGACUUCUUUCCCACACGCCAGGCUUUGACCAUUACCACAAACACUGUUAUCACUGUGUCUUCAUACGCCUAUACCCAGGUAACAGGACCCUACAACCGCUGGAUUUGAGAUAUGUACAACUUUGCGGCCAUUUUACCUCACUACGGCAGCUGUUUCUGUUGCUGGAUGCGGUGCUUUCCUCUGUUAAAUAUACUGUAGAGGGAGAAAUACACUCAAGUGCAAAUCAUCUCGAAAGCUGCACUCUGAGCAAAGAAUUUUAAUUACAAUUGAAAAAUUUCCUGGUUUUAGUAAUCUAAUUUAUAUAUCUACAUGUUUUUGAACUUAUAGCUACCCAUCAUUACUGAAGGGUAAAAGAAAACUUUCUAUGUCAAAUUAGAAAAAUAGUAUUUAUUGUACACCUUUUGUUGUAUUUGUUGUUCAAAAAAUAAUCAUUUGUUAGAGAAGCAGCUACUUCUUCAGGGCCAAGUUAAUUCUGACAGAUAUCAACAUCUCAGCCUGUUGGAUUUCAUCUGAAACAAAACUAAAAGGAAAAGAAACUGGUGCUUUUUAAAAAAAAAGUUUACAGCACAGAGUUCAUUUUUAGUCACAACAGUAAAAUUCAACUACACAAUCCUUAGCCCAGUGAUUUCAAUUUGUAAAACCAAUACCACUGGCCUGUCUGUUGGUGCUCUAAACCUUAUUAGCCUGAUGCUUCUGGUCGAAACAUCAAGCACAUGCACUUAAAUGUAAAAAAUUCCCAUUGUGCCGUUCAGAGGUAGAUUAUAAUGGCGAUUAACAUCUUGGUGCUCCUCCAGUUCAUUGCCUUCCUCUUCUCAUUUCAUUGAAAAAAGACAUUUACAGUAUGUCUGCUGUACUCUAGUUAACGCUUAACUUGAUAAAGCUGAAGUCAUUUUAUGAUUUAAUCAUCUAGUUGUGUUUCACUAAGCUUUUGAUUUGUAAUUACAGUAAAACCUGUAAUGACAGCUUUCUGGUUAUCUGAGAAUGGAUUUUCCAGACUACUUUCCUCAAACUCUAUUAAAACAAGAAAUAAUUUUUGCAGUUUUAUACCGAAAUAUACUCAACAUCUGAACCCAUUGUCAGAUGCAUUUCUGCGUUGAAUGUCGUGCAGUCUGAAAUUUCAUGAGCUUCAGAUGUUUUUGAGUUAAUAGCUGAAUAUGGGUUUUACUGUAAUGACAAAGCACCACCAGUCUAGGAGAUAGACCUGUUAUUAUUGUCAUUAUCAUGUCAUUGGAACUCCACUCAGGUGCCUCUUUCAGAGUGCUGGAAUUCAAGUGACAGUUUUGAUUUGAUUUUUUGUUCUAUCCUUCAUUUUUUUUCACAUUGGUAUAAAAAGAACUGCAGGUUGUGUAUUUUACCUGCAUUCUAUAUCCUCCAAUUUUAAACUGUAAAUAUAUUAAAAGAAAACAUUUUAAAGCACUUUCACCUUGAUUUUAAAAUGACAACUUGAAGUAGUUUAUUUAACAGAUAAUUAUUGGGAGAACUACUGUAAAUAGCUGCAGAAUUUUUAGCAAAAUAUUUCUCAAUGUUCCUGCAUCCUGUUCUUUAACUUCCCCACAACCAUGUUUAGAGAAUAUUAAUAAAUAAUCAUCUUGUUAGUGUUGAAUUUUACUCAUGUACUUACACUGAUAAAGCCCAAAAAUAACGAGGUUUACUUUUGGGAAUCAUUGAAAUAUUUGUUUAUGGUCAUACACCGUACCUUAACUAGCCUUUGGCUUAAAGUACCAGUUAUUUUGCCACAUUAAAGCAUGCACAUGCUGUAAAAUUUCAUGUAUAAAUCAGAGUUUCUAGCCUUUUAAAAUAGAGGAACAUCAGUUGGCAUUCACCCAACCUUCUGCAUUUCUAAAAUAGGAGCUGCAAAAAUAAGCUUAUGAUCCAGACUUAAAAUGGUUUUACCUUGAAACAAAUAGAUGUUUACCCAGUUUCACAUUUUUAAAUGCAUGUUUUGUUUAAUCUUCUGAGUUUCUAACAUGGAGUAUUGAAUUACUUGCAUGAAAAUUGAUUUUUGUACAAAUGCUUCACAUUUUGACCAAAUUUCCUCCACUGAGCUUAUAUGCAGCUUUGAGGAAGUCACUGUACAGUUUAAAAAUGGCAUUUUAAUUUUUGUUUUAAUCUAACAGCAGUAAACCCAUGCAUCUGGUGUAAUGUUUCACAGACAAAAGAAAGGACUGCAAUUUUUUUUAAAAAAGGACCUGGUCAAUGUGUAUCUGGUAAUGAAAGUAAAUCUCACUUUGAAAAAAUUGUACCAAUAAACUGUCUUGGAAGAAAAUAUAAUGGACAAAGGCAUAUAUAGGUGGUUGAUAGUCGGCACAGACUCAGUAGGCCGAAGGGCCUGUUUCUGUGCUGUAUCUCUCUAUAUAUUAUGUCCUCUGAGCUCCACAAGAGGCAUUGUAAAUAUUCUGAUUUUGGUUGGUCUUACUUUAAUAAAUUCAUGUGCCUUUAUUGAGUAUUUUACACCCAAACAUCCAAAAUCAAUAAAAUUUAAGCUUUACCAUCUCUCCAAAACAGAGCUCACCUGCAAGUAAAAGACCAGUCUAUGAUGUCCUUUGGAUGUCACCUUCCCCAAUCUGACAAUCUGAACAAAUAUUUACAGUACAAACUGACAGUUCCUGGUUUCUCUACCAUUUAAGAAAUCAGUCGUAAAUACGAAACAUAGUCAUAGAUGCCAUUGUUAAACUAGAAGAAAACUACCUCAGAUCUCAAUUUUAUUAAAGGAUUGAGUAUGUUUUCUGAACAGGUUAUGGUUUCUCUAUUGUACUCCUGAAUGCAUUAGUCAUAAGCAUUUACAAUAUUAAGAAGAGAAAUUCUAAAACUUUUCAGGUAAUAUCAGUGGUACAAGAUCAAUUAAAGUAACAUGCUCAUAAUAUGGAACAUUGAAAGAUUACAGUUUCAGCUACAGAAGAUGAAAUACUCCUUUGAUGUUAGCUGCUGAUUGCAUCUCCAAAAUAUUAGCCUUUUAUUUCUGUUUCAGGUGCACACACAAUGCACAUUGUCUAUGUUUCAUUUAACUAUGUGACUCGGAUGAGGAGUGUUUAGGCAGAGCAGAAUUUAUUUAUCCAUCUUCUAGGCACACCUCAAUCCUGCAGGUAAAACGCUCCUCUCCUACGUAAUUUUUCACUUAAUAACCUUGAAGUGAACUUUCAAACAAUAGCUGAAGUUCAAACACAUUGUCCUUGGAUGACAGUCCCAAGGUCUAUCAUUAGAGAUACAAAGCUGUUUUGAUUCUUUAUAUUUUUAUCACAUAAAUUUUAAAAAGACUGUCUUGGUAGGGAAAAGGAAAAUGUGUAUUCAAAGAGUUAACUGAAUUGGUAUUGCUUUCUUGCACGCCACUUUGCAGCACUAUUUCAAUAUUAAUAUGGAUUCUUCCCUUCACCCCUAACACAGUCUCAGGCCGAUCUAUAAAAGCUAAGUUUACCAGAUUACAUUUCCCGAAUUACUAAAAGUGUAGUAUAAUGGCUCGCUUGAGCAACAGGCAAUUUUAAUUCCUGGAACUAAACCUCAGGAAUUGUUUCUGUACAUGCAAACAACACUAAAAGGUGCUAAAAUAAAUUACUAAAUGUGAAAUACCAGCAAUUUGUACUCACUGUAAAAGCCUGACAUAACUUGAAUUACAUGCAGGAUAGCUUUUAUCACUGUUUCAUAACUUAACAUGGUUAAAGAGCACCACAUGCUACUUGUAUUUGCUGGUUACAUUUAGAGCAGCAUAGUAUUUGCUUCCAAAUCUCAAAUGAUCUGAGCAAACCAGUCUGUCUUUGACAAAUUUCCCCGAUCUAAAUAUGAAUGCCACUGAUUUAGGUUCCAUGCAAAUACAACAUUAGUUGUUGCACUAAACAAAAUUGAAGGCUGCUCAUUAAAAUCCACUGUACUGUGAAAAUUAAAACUUAUUGAGAAAAAAGCCUCAAUUUUCCAUCAAUAGCAUUGAUACUUAAAUCAUUAAAAUAUGUAAUAAAGCCAAACUGCUUGUACACUGCUUUUAAAUCCUGUCCAGUGAUAAACUGCUUGUUAAAAUUAUGUUAAACACAAUUUUGAGAAUCGUAAAAUAGAAACCAAAUUUUAUAAACCAAGCAGAAUUAACCAAGAUAAAAUUACCUGCAUAAUCAAUAACAUAGGUUUAAGGGGAAAGUUUGUUCAAGAAAAUGCCUUGGAAAAUCUUGUGCAUAAAUACACUGCAAUUCAUCUUUACACCAUCUAUGCAUUGCAGUGGCACAAAUAAUAUUUUGCUCUUUUUCCUUUCCAAAGGGUAAGAUAUACUCUACAGACAUACUUCCACGAAACAACUAAAGACCACCUCUCUAGACCCUUAUUUUAUAUAAGUCCAAGAAUGAUUUGGAUUCAAAUUUAUGUUAGGUUCCAUAAAGGUUAAUCAGUCCAAAUAUUAGGUAAAGGAUUCCAAAACUUCAGAUCUGUGGAUUGUACAAGCAAACUUUUAAUGGUGAUAGAUUGCUGGUGCUAGUGUGGAAAAUUCACUAGCCUUUCAUUGAUUAGAUAGUGUGGCAUUAAUCUUGAGCCUUGGUGCUACUCACUGAGUCAUGUACCUCAGCCAAGUCUGGAAACAUCUUGAAUGUUGUCAAUAGACAUCCAAAAAUAGCUAUACACAUUCGGACACACAGCAAGCACAAAACCUAUUGCAUUGUUUAGUCUAGCAUGAUUCAGUGAAAAGAUUUUCAGAUAAUUAUAAUCACUUAUAAUGUGACCUGCUGAAAGGUGCUACAAUAUUCUUCAAUAUAGUGCUGUAGCUUAAACUAAGUUGCAGUGUUCAAUGUAAUGUUCACACAGAGAUUAGAAAUUUAGGUUCAGAAGUAGACAUAUUUUCUUUUCAAUAUUGCAACAUAAUUUCUCAUCGGAAAAGAGAAUAAAUCUCUUCAACAUUUACAUUACACCGUCUCAGUUUAGUUUCUUAGUAAGUUUUAUUGCACACCUUUUGUAGAGAUGUAUCUAUAGAAUGUAUGUAAAUUCACCCGUGUGGACACUCAUAGUACGCACAAUUACAUACAUAGGACUAAAAUAUUAACACUUAGUUAAAUUUGCAAUCUCUUGUCUUCAAAUGUGACAGCUAAGGGGGAAGUAUGUUAAAUAUAUGUCUUUUGGUGCAACCUUCUAUGGUAAAAUGAUUUAAGGCAGCUCAGAUUCACAGGGCCUUUCUGGUUUCUUCAAUUACAAAAAUGAUAGCUUUAGUUACCCAUUCUGCAGCAACAUGUUUGCAAUGCUUGUGCUUAAAUGUUGGCAUAAAUUUAUGCUUUAUCCAUGUGGCUUUAUUUUGUAUAUCAGUAUUUGUAAAUAUGAAGUAUGUUUUAAACUUCUUCCAAAUUGCUUUUAUAUUUUCUUUUGUUUUUAUUUGAGGUGCUAUUCAAUUUGUCCAGUCAGGUGAUCCUGCCCCUUUUUUUAAUAAAUGCUUGUGUUUUGGUUGUACAGAAAUUUGGAUUCUGUUUGGUGACUUCCUCGUCCUAAAAUCCAGGAAAUCUGUGUUUUUUUUCCGACAUUCCUUUAGAAAUCUAUAGCAUUAGGGCAAUGUUGUAAUACAACGCAAAUAAGCAUGGCUUUCAUAAACUAUGAAUUUAAAGAGAGAAUUUUAAAAUACCUACAUUAUAGGGCAUGCUUUCUUUGCUUUGAUGACUAAAUAUUAUAACUCUUUUUGGCAAGAUCUAUUUCCUUUAAAAGGAGAAGGAUCAUGUAUACUUCUUGAUAGAUAGAUAGAUUCAGAAAAAGUAGAAUAUUAACUCUGUGGUAUUUCCAUAGAAACUAAAUUUAAAAAUUCACGGGUAAAAUAUUCCAUCAUCGCUGCAUAAGAGCCACUGCUACUUUUGACCUGAGCAUUUACAAUAUUUAGACACUGUAAGAGCAAGUUUCUUGCUUGGAAUGACAAAAUAUGUGGUUGGGAGAGGGAUGGAUUGCCUUCUUCUUGGAAACUUUCUUCCUCUUCAUUUUUAUAUGACACAAUAUUGAAGCAUGCAUUUUGGAAAGGCAGAAAUGUUGUAACAACACACACACACACACACACACACACACACACACACACGAGAGAUUGAUGUAUUUUCAGUUUUGUCUGUUGCAGUCCAAGAAAUCCAAAUGAUAAUUGAUAUCGUGGACAUCUGGAUUUCAACUGAACAUAAUGUGAAUGGCAAAGCAAUUUGAGAGAGCAGUAUUAAAUACCAUAAGAAAUUCUUUUAUGGUGUUUGGAAUAGCAUUUUAGGAUUGGGCCAAGCAAUAGUUGAUUAACACACAGUCUGGCUCAAACAUCAGUUCUUCUGUCUAGAAAAAGCUUUGCACAAAUGAGGUAGAUUUAAAAAUGCUCAUUAGGCCUACGAGAUUCCAAGCACUUUCUGAGCACAUUUUGACCACACGCUGGGAUUUGUGGUGUCAAGUGCAAGCAGUGUGAGAGAACAACUUCUGGGCAGACUUCACAACAUUUCUUUCUUAACCCUGUUCAGGCUCUGGCUUCAUUGCAAAUUUUCGGAAAAGCAUAAAACCUCUUUGUGAUGCUAAUGUUGUAAAAUGAACACGCCUUUGAACACAUUUGUGUUGCUUCUCUUCUUUUGCUGAUGUCGGAGUGGUACACAUGCAGUUAUUCUUCCUUAGAAUGCUGACUUUAUAAUCAUAAAGAAAGCAUGUUAUUUCACAAAGUGCACAUAAUGGAGGAGGUAUAUAUUCUUUCUCCUUUAGUGAAAAAUGCAUAAACAAGUCACUCUACUUCAGAGGUUACAGUCUACUAUAAUGUUACAACAAGGAACUGGUGUAUAUACUUGUUUUUUUUGGUGGGGGGGGGUGGAGGAAUAUUGUAAAUUCCCAACGGUUUGCCGGUAGUCAAAGACUACUAUUGAUUAUUGUGGCAUCAAAAUCAGUGAAGAUGUUUCAAACCUUUCUGUUGUACACAAAGCUAUUAAUCAUGUGGCUAUUGGGUGAAUAUUGCAAGGAUGGCUGUGCAGUGGAAGACUGUGUUGUACACUUUGUAUAAUAUUGUAAAUAGAAAAUUACUCUUUUUCCUUUUUAGUGAUUGGGCUUAUAUACAGUAUCUUUUGUAACUUAUCUGUCUACUGGCAAGGUAGAAAAAUGUGAUCAAUAAUCUGUAAUAAUUGUUUUCGAUAAUGAAUGGUUAAUAACAAUUGGUAACGGAGUCCACAUUCCAUUUGUUAAAAAUUCAGUACUAAAGUAUAGCUAUACUAAACUUCAAUGUAAUAUGUUAUAAAAAUAAAUAUGAAAUUGUUUAUGUAAACAGCAUAUUUGCCCAGACGCCCAUUUUAGUUCAAUUUACAGUUUUUAAAGAGAGGGUCUUCCAUUUGUCAUUUGAGUUAAAAGAUAUUAGAAUCAAAAUUCAAAUGUCUGUGAAACAUAUUUAAAUAUUUCCCAAACAAAAUGAGACAAAGAAGUUGUGAAUUGAAAAUCAUUAUGUACUCAACUUUGUGUUGAGUGUAACUGAUUAGAAAUCCAGUUGAAUGAGGUUAACAGUGAUUGAGUACAUACUGGGGGAUAAGUCGUCAUUUACUGCAGGGAACAAACAUAUUUGGCCAGAGUGUGCAAUGAGUGAAUCGACACCAGAAGUUCACAAACUUACUUUGCUGAGCCUGCCUUCCAGAGAUUUGUUUACUGUUCACCAAUGUCCAGUUUGGAUUCUCCUGGGCCAUUUAGCUCCAGACCUCACCACAUCUUUGGUCCAUACACGGACCUUGCUACCUACAACUAAAGUUCUGCACUUUGUUCUCAUUUUGGUUCUGCAACCUGUUUUGUUCCUGAUCUUAACAAUCAGCCAGAUCUUUAUCUUCCAGUCACAAUAGCUAUGUUCAUGCCAAAAAAAAACAUUCGGAGUGGCAAUUUGUCUUCUGCCUGUGUUUUUGGAGUAGGGAGAUGUGAAAAAUCAACACUGCCAGGCGGAUCACAUUGCAAGAGUGUGUCAUUUCACAAGGACGGGUUCGCCCUGGAUAAAACAAAGUCGAAUUCAUGUACAGGAACUUGUAGUGAAUUUAGCCUUGUAACUAAAAUUAUUCUUAAAAUAAUACCAAGUAAUAAUCAAGGUUUUGGAAUUAAGCCUAAACUUUAGUUUGACCUGCAUGAAUUGACAGUCUUCUCAGCAAAAACACUGAUAUCCAACAUUUGGAACCAUUUUUCUAGCUUUCCCUCUCAAAACUCUGCUAUACACUCACUAUGCCUCAGUUAAUACCUACUUUUCAUAAUGCAGAUUUGAUUUUUUGAUUCAUACCUAUGAAAUGGAAGACAACUCUUUAAAACAAGACUACAAAUUGGUUAUGUUGAGUUUACCUGCAGUUAGCUGUAAAUAAUUAAAACUUCGAAUGCUGCAGUUUAGCUUUAUCUAACAACCACUGGCUGUAAAUCUUGCAAAAUCUAAACAAAAUCACUUUGAUGUGCUUCGAUUUAAAAUGUAUAUUUUAAAAGGUGCAAACUCAUUUGGUUUUAAUUAAAAUAUUUUUUUAUUUGGUUUGGUGUUCAAAAAAAAUCAUAAUGCUAUUCCGUUCCAAACUAAUUUAAACAGCUGCCUAAGAAUCACAGAAUAUAGUGUGGCCUAAUUUAAUUUUUUUUCCAUUCUGACAUCAGGGAUACUUUUAACAGCGAUGAAACCAUCUCUGCUUAUUUUAACAUCCAUCUUUCAGGGAUUUUAGUUUGGGUUUAGAUUAGCUCUAUCCACGUUGUGAAUGUGACAGCUAAACUUGUUUGGUUGCUUUAAUUAACAAAAACAAAAUGGGAAAAAAACCUUGUAAAUUAAGUCAGAGCUGUAGUGGAUAAUGUUCUAAAAGCCUAUUGUCUUUUUUUAUUAUUUUGUAAUGUAUUUAAGAAAUUGGGGGUGAGAAAAGAUGGCUCAUGAAAGAAUAAAACAAUAUAGGAAAAUAUUGUUCCAAUUUGUUCUUUUGUGUUCAUUUUGACUGUAAAAAAAAGCAAUUGUUAUACAUGUAACAAGUUCCUCAGGCAAGAGGCCGACUUGUAACCCAUACUUGAAACUAUUUUCUUUGUUAAAAAGUCAUCAGUGUCCGCAACUUGAAAUAAAGUUUGCAGCUUGAGGAAUGAAAAGUAGCAUAAAAAUCCAGAUGGAAUAGGAUCAGUGUGUAUUUUACUGCAGAUAUUAGUACAGUAAAUAUUUUGCUGAAAGUUUUAUUUUGAGUUGAUUUAUUUUUUAAUUUUUCUUUUAUUUUUCCUCAAAGGUCUUACUCAGCAGUCCAUAAUUGUAUCAUUAGGCACUGAUUAAGGGAGACCAGGAUUAAUUUUGAUUUUAUUGCAUUGUAUUGUACACAGAAAGGUUGUUUGCAAGAACUUCCUUGUAAAUGUAUUCUUCCUGAUCAUUUUGAA